GGGCGGGGCGAGGCGAGGCGGGCGGCGGGCCGGGACCCCGCGGAGGUGAGCGGGGCCGUGGGGACGGCGGCCGGGGGGAGGGGGGCACCUGCGGGCGGGGGAGGGCGCGCCGGCGGCGGGGGGAGGGCGAGGGGCAGGGGCCGCUCCCGCCCGUCCGCGCCCCCGCUCCGCAUUCCCUCUCCUGCUCUCACCUUCCUCGCCGCUCCGCUCCCUUCUCUCCCUCCCCUCCCUCUGUUCCACCCUCUGCCCGCGCGGACCCUUCCAGCCCCCGAACUCCCGGCGAUAGAUUAAAGUGCGGAGCUGAGCUGGGGAAGGAUGCGAGGCAAUGGCGAGGCAGCCGAGCUCCUCUAUUUCGUGUACGUAUCUGUCUUACUUUAUGGAAGUCACUAACUAUCGCUGCGGCGCAUCAGUCAGUGCCAGAGCUGCCCGGCAGAGCGGAGCACGACUGGGUUGCUCUCGUUUGGGCUGAGAGUUAUUUAUUGAAGGGAGAUUCGCCGGCAAACAUAAGUGAGCAAGGAUCAGCUCUCUGAGCAUCUGGAGUCCAACUUCUGACCGCGGAUGAAAGAGGGAUGCAGAGAGGACUGAUGGAGCUGAUCUGACUCCCACCCGUCCCCUCCUGUAACACGGCCGGGGGCACCAUGGCUGCGGGGGUCGCCGCGUGGCUGCCCUUUGCCAGGGCAGCUGCCAUAGGAUGGAUGCCGGUGGCCAACUGUCCCAUGCCGCUGGCUCCGACAGAGAAGAACAAGAGGCAGGACGAGCUGAUCAUUCUCAACGUGAGCGGCAGGCGUUUCCAGACCUGGAGGACUACACUUGAGAGGUACCCGGACACUCUGCUGGGCAGCACGGAGAAGGAGUUCUUCUUCAAUGAAGACACCAAGGAAUACUUCUUCGACCGGGACCCUGAGGUCUUCAGGUGCAUCUUAAAUUUUUAUAGAACUGGCAAGCUGCACUAUCCCAGGUAUGAGUGCAUCUCUGCCUACGAUGAAGAGCUUGCCUUCUACGGGAUCCUCCCUGAAAUCAUUGGGGACUGCUGCUACGAAGAGUACAAAGACAGGAAGAGGGAAAACGCAGAGCGGCUGAUGGAUGACAACGACUCAGAAAACAACCAGGAAGGGUCCAUGCCAUCCCUGAGCUUCCGGCAGACCAUGUGGCGAGCCUUCGAGAACCCCCACACCAGCACCUUAGCCUUAGUCUUUUACUACGUCACCGGUUUCUUUAUUGCCGUCUCUGUGAUCACUAAUGUCGUGGAAACUGUCCCUUGCGGCACGGUGCCGGGGAACAAGGAGCUUCCAUGUGGGGAGAGAUAUGCUGUGGCUUUCUUUUGCUUGGACACGGCUUGUGUGAUGAUUUUCACAGUUGAGUACCUGUUGAGACUCUUCGCGGCCCCAAGUCGCUACAGGUUCAUCAGAAGCGUGAUGAGCAUCAUCGACGUGGUGGCCAUCAUGCCAUACUACAUUGGUUUGGUGAUGACCAACAACGAGGAUGUCAGCGGAGCCUUUGUGACUCUAAGGGUUUUUAGGGUUUUCAGGAUUUUCAAGUUCUCUCGCCAUUCCCAAGGCUUACGAAUCUUGGGCUACACUUUGAAGAGCUGUGCCUCUGAGCUUGGCUUUCUCCUCUUUUCCCUCACUAUGGCAAUUAUCAUCUUUGCAACUGUGAUGUUUUAUGCAGAGAAAGGGUCCUCAGCAAGCAAAUUCACCAGUAUUCCUGCUUCCUUUUGGUACACUAUUGUAACCAUGACAACACUUGGCUAUGGUGACAUGGUGCCCAAGACCAUCGCCGGGAAGAUCUUCGGCUCCAUCUGCUCGCUGAGCGGGGUGCUGGUCAUCGCCCUGCCCGUUCCCGUCAUCGUCUCCAACUUCAGCCGCAUCUACCACCAGAACCAGCGUGCCGACAAGCGCCGGGCACAGAAGAAAGCUCGGCUCGCGAGGAUCCGCGUGGCCAAGACAGGCAGCUCCAAUGCCUACCUGCACAGCAAACGCAAUGGCCUGCUGAACGAAGCCCUCGAGCUGACGGGAUCCACUGAAGAUGAACAGCAUACGACUAAAGGCACCUCCUUAAUUGAAAGCCAACAUCACCACCUGCUGCACUGCCUGGAAAAAACAACCGGAUUGUCCUAUCUUGUGGAUGAUCCCCUGUUAUCUGUACGAACUUCCACCAUCAAGAACCACGAGUUCAUAGAUGAGCAACUGUUCGAGCAGAACUGCAUGGAGAGCUCAAUGCAAAACUACCCGUCUUCUCGGAGCCCCUCCUUGUCAAGUCACCACGGCCUGACCACCUCCUGCUGUUCUCGCCGUCACAAGAAGACCACACACCUUCCCAACUCCAGCGUGCCAGCUACCCGCCUCCGCAGCAUGCAGGAGCUCAGCACCAUCCACAUCCAGUGCAGUGAGCAGCCCUCACUUACAACCAGUCGUUCCAGUCUCAACAUGAAAUCAGAUGAUGGGCUGCGACCGAACUGCAAAGCCGCCCAGAUAACCACAGCCAUCAUCAGCAUCCCCACGCCGCCGGCGCUCACACCAGAAGGUGAGAGCAGACCUCCGCCCAGCAGCCCCGGCCACUCCACGAACAUUUCUACCACCACCACAAGCAACAUAGUCAAGGUCUCUGCCUUGUAAGAUGUCUCGUGCACGGAAGGCGGCUGGAAGACCGGUGCCCCUCUCCCUCCACACCUCCAUGUUCCUUUCUUGCUGCAAAUUGUGCCUGGAUGGACGAACCUGCCGGCUGGUCAUCGGGUUAGCGAUGGAGACCCAACGAGGCAGCUCUCUUCAGACUCAAGGACAUGCUGUGGACUGAGGAAGGAUUAGGAGAGGGAGGAAGAGCCUUGUUAAGAGUAAAGCCCGCGUGGAGAGCGCCUUGUGCCGUGGGACAGGGCAGAAAGCACCUGUGGAGGCUGAAGGGAAAGAACCGUCGUGGCAACGAGAGAGUAAUAAAGAAAACAGAAAUAUAACACUGUGUAUCGCAGCACCUUUUUAAAGGUUUUUAAUGGAUAAUAUUUAUUCAUGAGGAAAUGACUGAAAAAGGUGAAAAACAAUGGAUUUUGUGAAUUUUUUUUUUUUCUUCAUGGAGAAAAAACCUUUAAGCCAACCAAAACUUCACAUUUCUUUUUUUCUUUUAUAGGAAAAGAUUUAGACAAAGAAGCCACCUGUCACAGAAACCUAUUCCCAUCCCUGUGUGUGUGUGUGUGAGUGCGAGUGUGCAGCAGAGCCGCGUCAGAGCAACACUGCAUUGCAAAGGGCAGAGCAUGUUGUCAUCAUUGGGUGCACAGUAGGAAAACACAAGCAUGUGCCAGCCCAUACAUGUGCAUACACACACACACACACACACCUAUUCCACCCUGGAUGGCAUUCUUUAUUUAGACACUUUUGUAUCCGCCUUUUAAGUCAAUACAGUGCAAUUGCAAACAGUGUGUUUGUCUGCUAAUUAUUGUCUGUGAUAACAUAUUUGUGAAAAAAACAAACAAACAAAAAAAGACAGGCUGCAGUAGAGUUUUAGUCCCACAUGGGUAUCUGCUUUCUAUUUUUGUUAUCACUUACUUGUAAGAGUGUGACUAGACUACCAGUUCUGUAUUUUCAAAGAGGAAAAAAAAAAGAUAGGAUUUUUUUCUUUUAAUACUGUACACACAAAUGGCAAAGAAUGAGAAAACACUGAGCUCAGCUGCAUCGAGCAUUCUUAAGUCUGACAGGUUUCUUGUAACGUAUGCCCAUGCAUUUUUAUUUUUGUUUUCUAUAUACUGAAUUUCUUUGCUAGCACUGAACAUACAACCCACUGUAAAUAGUAGCCAAGUAACGUCUGGAUCUAUACUUGAUAAUAAUUAACCCCAGAGCCAAAUAUCUUGCAUGGACGGAGAGGUAUUUGGCUUUUUCACAGUCUAGGUGCUCCAGUGGUCUCAACAAUGACUUCUGGCUUGCACUGAUUUUGGGGGUAGACUAGGUUAGCAAUUUUAGUUACCCGUUCCCAGCACAGGACCUACAGCAUGCACCCACUGCAGAAGUGGGAGCAGCACUGGAUUUUGAAGAACAUUUGAUAAAGUGUGUUACAGACAGCAUUUUCUUUUUGCAAUCCUACAGUCAGUUUGAGAAAAAUUCAUGUAAUUCUGGGCAACCAAAACCUGUAACACUGUGCGGUACUGCCCCCUAAUAGCCAGCUAAUACAGUUAGCUCAGGUGUGGUCAGUCCUAGCCCCUCUUUCUAAGCUCUUUCUAGGAAUGUUUUGUUGUCAGGAAAUACAUGGUCCCAAAUCAUAACUCGUUUUCCCCUCUAAGCAUAACAUUUCUUUCCUUCCAUUCUGCCUUUCCCAAGUCCCCUUUCCAUACAUACAGAGCAUGAAGGGCAGAGUGAGAACACAUCACGCACCUCUCGCUCCCUGCUCCCCUCCCACCUGUCAUACACUGCCUGGCUAAUUAUUGUGCUUAUGCACAAACGCCCUUCAAGGCCCUAUUCACACACCCACAAACGACAACCAACCCAGUCCCCAACAGCCUGCAAUAGAAUAGAUUUCAACUAUCUUGUUUCUGAACAGCGAUUUUACCAGCACUACAGAGCUAACUACUCCGAGCAUGUUUGAGGCUGUUUCAGCAAAGGGAUGCCUUUUUAUUUUUAACAUCUGUCAUAAUCUAUCCUGACGUACUAUUGAUAUACACAUAUACACACAUACACUAUAAAUAAACGCAGACACGUACAUGUAUAGAUAAAUAGACCUACAUGCUGACUUAAACAGACAAGCUAGCAAUCUGCUUUGUUAGCACUCCUAGCCUGUUAGUCUAUGAAGUAGACGGCUCAUGCAUUAACUCAAUACCCUCCGUAGGAACCUACAACAUUCUAGGAAUAUUAGGGCUGUGGCAAAGCCUUCAGUAGCUGCAUCAGCUUAUAGUCAUUGACCCCGGUGCUGUAAUACGUUAGCCAAAACUACCUUUAGUCCUGUUUUAAAUGAUUAAAGCGCUCUGCCUUCGCUGCUUCCUGUAGGAGGUUAUACUGCAGUUAAUCUUACCAUUAUUGAAUUUUUCUUGAUGUUUUAAUUUAAUCUUCCUUUGCUUUAUGGAAUCUCAGUAUUUGACAUCAUAUCUGCUCCCCAUCUGAACACCCUCAGCCUUGUAGAUCAGAGGCCUCCGCUCCCCACCACUUUCCCCCUCGCAAUCUCAUUUACACUGGCACAGAAUGAGCAUUAAAUGCCACCGUGCUGACAGGGUACAGUGUUCCUUCCAAUGCACAGGAGCAAGCAAUUACAAAGAGACAGGGACUCAGCAGGGAUUCUCAGUGCCGCCUUCCUUACUCUUGAUUUACUAUGGAGUGCUAAAUAGGACACUUCAGCUCUGCGCACCCAUUCCUUGAUCUGUAAAUAGCAAUCACGGCCACCCCUGUCUAAAGCACAAUUGGUGGAUUUCAUUGUUAUCGAUCAAAUGCUUUCCAAAAAAAAAAAAAAAGAAAAUCAACAUUUUUAAAGAGGCUAAACCAGAAGGAGGAAAGCCAGUCCUUGGGUUUCUGGCUGGCUGCUAUGUCCCACUUUAAGGCAGUGCUAUCCUUGCUCAAAAAGAUCUGCCUUCCCUCUUCUACCAUUAACUCAGCACGUGCUGCCCGAUGCGGCCAGCAGCUCGGCACAGACUUUCAGAGGACAAAGACAGAAUUUAGGAAGUCUGAGCCUAGAGGAAUAGGACUAAAAAUACUUUUAAUUGAGACAUUAGCUCCCUUUAUAGGCUGAUUUGAAGUAGAAUGAGUAAUGCUUCCAAAAGCACUUAAAAACACGCUUGUACAGAACCUCUCUGGAUUGCCCAACGCAGCUAUAUCCUCAUUAUGGGAGCACUGUGCAUUCACUGCAACAGCAAAGACAAGAAUCUAUCGCCAGCAUAUCAGUGGUUGGUAGGGCACGACGUAGCAUCCCUCAAAUGAAAUGCAGGAAAGAGGCAUUUGCACACAAGAGCAUGGGAACUGUACAACAGCUACUUUUUCCUACAGUGAAAGGAAGCAAUUAGCUUUACUGAACUGCAGGGCUCUUCAUAGUCUUUAAAUAGCAACAUAUAAAGCAUUGCUAUGAUAAAGCCAAGUCAAUCGUGUAAAUUCCUAGACCAGAACUUUAGCAGAAGGACUUGGGCCAUUCUCUCCAGUGGUUCUCAUUAUUGUCCUGCCUUACCUGUGUUGCUCUCCCCACUGUCAUGCAUGCCCAGGGCCAAACACAUACAUUGCUAUGGAUACAAAAAAAAAACAGCACAUACCCCUACAAUCCUUAUCAUUCCUGAUGCUUAUGGAAGGGGGGGUCUUCAGUUGUGGGCUGCCUGUAUCCAGAAGUAUCCAGAAACACAGAUAGCUUCCAGUCCUGAUACCCUUCUGAUCACAACACAGCCUGAUCAGUGAGGCUGCUCAGCAGAAAGGCAAUAGUAUAUUAGCAGUUCAUAGUGAAAACCUCACCCCUCCCCCUCUAAUUCCUUGCAAGUUUUUAUAGUUUUUCUUUCUUCAUGAAAAAAAAGAUAAAAACAAAUUGUUUGCAAAUAAAGCAUGUAGAAGGGGAUUGUUUCUUCAGUCUUUCGCAAAGCAAUACUAAAAAUAUUGAAGAAGCAUCACCUUUGUCCAAGCAUUUUGCUUCUUUUCAAAACCUUCUUUUGAGGGAAAAAGUAUUUCCACAGAUUUUCAGCGUAUUCUAUAGGUUCACUCUCUUCCCACCUGGCACUGCAUUGCUUAUAGGAGGAAAUACACCCAACUGGCAAAGAACGAUGAGAAGCACCUUUCCCAUCUGUGGGCUUUAACUUCCACCUUUUCAUCCCAAAAUCCAAUUUUUUCCUUAAAAAUCUUAGAAAUCUCCACUAGCAGAAGAUCCUUCACUGCAAUACAUCACACUGCUUUAUGCACACUUCAAAUUCUCCAUGGAAAGGGCUCCCACUGCUUCCCUGCAGAGCUUAUUCCAGACUAAUAGAUCUCAACAGCAAAGAUUUUUCCCUUGCUGUUCAGCCAUAGUUCUUAUUUUCCCUUCCUUUAUUACCGUUCUGUUCUUUCAAGUCUUCUAAAAUUAUCCUCCUUUCCAAUGGGUGAGAAAGCUGCCUUUUUUGUGUCAAUAAUUAACAUUGUACAAGCAUAAUGGGAAAAAGGUAAACUAAGUAACACAUAUGGCUUUAGUAUGGAAUAAAGUAAUACGUAAUUCAUAGAAUCAUAGAAUCACUCAGGUUGGAAAAGACCUUAAAGAUCAUUGAGCCCAACCACGACCUAAGCAUACUACCCUAACUCUAACAGCCCUCCACUAAAUCACAUCCCUGAGCAAUUCAAACUGAAACCUCAGAGAAUUACGUCCUUCUUCACAGUUUCCAGAAUAAAUUUGAAUCAAAGCUAUGUGCUUUAACCUGAAAUAGUUGAUAAUAUGCUGCAAACCAGCAUCUAUCAUUCCAGCUUAAGGGAUGUGUAGCAAUACCAGCUAAGGGAAGCAAAGUUUCUCCCAGUAUUUGGCUUUUUUUAGUACAGAGGUCAUGAACGUGCUGUAUCUUAUAUACAUUACGAAUUGGACUUGGUACAUUAAAAAUUAGAUUUAAUUUAUGGGUUACAACAUCCCUUGUUUUAAUACGUUACUUAUGUCAAAUGACCACAGAGCCACAAAGUCAGCAGUCAUGGAUGGCUUACAAACAGCAACAGCUUUGAACUGAAGACUUUAUCUCGCUUUGAAUGUUAGAUAAAUAACAUGCCUCUUCCACAUAACUUACCAAUGACAUCUACCUUAAUUAAAGAUUAUAACCUGAUUAAAAAAAAGACUUUCUUCAACACUUUAAGCAAUUGCACUAGCUAACUUGAGUUUUUAGCCUUCAUGCUUAUGGAUGCCAUAAAUGCUCUUACAGUGGUUUUAUACUUUGAAAACUUUAAAAGCAAACACAACGCAGUGUGCAUACUGAUCAGAGCCAGGAGAGUUAGCCUCAGGAACCUAUGUUCUACUCUUCAGUGUCUUGAUGAAUCACUAAGCGAUCUCGAAGAAGUCAUCUCACCUCUCUUUGCCAAUGUUACAAUAAAUACGUGAGGCUCAGUUCACAAAACCUCCAAAACACCCGAGAGAAACCUGGAGAAAGCAUACCAGGAAAGUACCACUACUGUUCUCAGAAUGCAAAAAAAAAAACCCACUGUGCCAGAAAAAUCAUGGGUGGAUCGCUCAGAAAGACCAGGUGACAAAGACCUUGUGAAAAUCCCUUCCUGAGUUUUGAUCUCAGCCAAUAGUCUGUUACUUUCACAUGUAUACGUGUGCACGUGUUGCUUUUUGGUUUCGAUUCAAACUAGUGCUAGUCACAGGAGGUUACGCAGCUGCGUGGGUGAGGAGUUCACCACCACAUCCCAUGUUCUUCUCAGUUCUGUCGCAGCCAUGACUGGGAGCUCCCAAAGGCUCCUCGGACCAAUGAAGUAUCUGACAAAAGGCGGGUGAUGGUAUAUUUUUGAUAAAUUGAUAAGGCAUUCCAAUAGUGUUUUCUUUAGGAGUUUUAUGUUAUAAGAAGCUCUCAACAUUAUUAUUUUCUAUUUUCGUACUAUAAAUGGGCUUUGCUUACAAACAUCAGAGGACAGAUACAAAAUGUACCGUAUACAACUGCAGGUAGCUUCAUUUGAGAACAACUUUCUAGAAGAACCAAGUUUCCUGUUGUCUUCUUUUGGAAUUGUAGUGCAUAUGUUGAAACUUGUAUAUCAUUUACAGUAUUGAGUCUUGUGCCACUGCUGUACCUGAUGUAUCCAAAUCUGGAUUAAACAGAGUAUGUGCCACAAAUA